AGUUUCGCCUUUCACCAGAGGUAAAAAAAGUUUGAAGACCAUUCAGAAGAACUUCUGGUGCUUAAAGGACAUCGAGAUCUUGAGUGUAUCGCAGCAAAAACACGCGCCGGAGAGGAGCGCUGCUAUUUUACGCACAAUAUUAACGCGUUUUUCAUCAUCUCAUCGAUCUGCGGUGACCUGAUGCAUAAACGAAAGAUCCAGAAGGCCUAAACAUCAGUGAUGGCAUCUUACCAUAGCUUGGAUGAUGACGCAAUGGCUUUGAUGGUCCACGACAUCAACACGGUGAAGAAAGAGGAAUUUGUCAAGGAUGAGCCGAUCCAAGAGCAAAGUUCAGAGAAAGUGGACCCGUCCCAGAAGCCGCCGUACUCGUAUGUGGCAUUAAUCGCGAUGGCGAUCCGGGAGAGCUCGGAGAAGAGGCUGACUCUGUCCGGCAUCUACCAGUACAUCAUCUCCAAAUUCCCGUUUUAUGAGAAAAACAAGAAGGGCUGGCAGAACAGCAUUCGACACAACCUGAGUCUGAACGAAUGCUUCAUCAAGGUUCCCCGGGAGGGCGGCGGGGAGCGCAAGGGGAACUACUGGACCCUGGACCCGGCCUGCGAGGACAUGUUCGAGAAGGGCAACUACCGGCGCCGGCGGCGGAUGAAGCGGCCGUUCCGUCCGCCGGCGGCUCACUUCCAACCGGGGAAGUCUCUCUUCGGAGGGGACGGAUACGGCAGUUACCUCGGCGCCCCCAAAUACAUCCAGUCGGGCUUUAUGAACAACAGCUGGCCGCUCACGCAAGCUCCGCCGCCGAUGAGCUACGCGUCCUGCCAGAUGGGAAACGGCAACAUGAGUCCCAUAAAUGUUAAAGGACUGUCCGCACCAUCAUACAACCCGUACAGCCGCAUGCAAGCCAUGGGUCUGCCGAACAUGAUGAACUCGUAUAACGGGAUGGGCCACCAUCAACACCAGGCGCAGCUGAGCGCGUCUCCGGCUGCGCCCUCGCCGGUUCCGUCCAACAGCGCGGCGGCUCUCCAGUUCACCUGCUCCCGGCAGCCGAGCGAGCUGUACUCGUACUGGGACCACGAGGCCAAGAACUCCACAUUACACUCUCGGAUUGACAUUUGAAGCGAUUUCAAGCAGCAUUUGAGGGGAUGUAAACGCGAAAUCGAACUUUUUUUGCGCCUUUUCGAUGGGCGCAGUUUCUGUUUUUACGCAUCCAAGGUAAACAGAGUCACUUUUCGAACAUUACGAGGUUUAAAUCUCUAGUGUUGCAUGCAGACAACAUAUGCAAGUCCAUAAAAUGCUUUGGACUAUUUUUUUAAUCAUUAGUUUGAAGUUCAGCGAUUUUAUCAAGCGUUAAAUUUAGGCCUACCUAUAAAACUGUUUUCAGUGAUCGAAAAUUGAUUUGUUUAAAAAGAUGACAGUAAGAAAGAAAAGUGAAACAUUUUCGAUGUCUAUUUUAGUAAAUUUUUUUUACAAAUGAUUGUUGCGGACCACUGUGUAUUUUAAAAUUUUGAAUUGUCGAAACCAGCACUUAUUUUCUCUGUUUUUACUUUCAAUAAAACGGUUUUGAU